AUGAAAUGGAAUUGUUGGUGAAUAUGACCCUUUCAACAUCAUAAACAUUUUUCGCCAACUCUUCGUUUGCAAAUUAGUAAACGCCGUCCGAGGCACAGCGACGGCGUAACUUACCUUCGGCACCUGCAUCAGCCGGCGCCGGCGCCGGAUUUUGAUAUCAGUUCUCCCAGUUGAGGCUGCUGCCGUCGACAAUGGAUGCCUCCUCACCCCUCUCAUUCUCUUCAACAGUCACUUAGGUUAGCCUAUUCAGUUAUGGAAAUGAUUUGUUAUUUUCGUAUUAUUCACAAAGCCCACCACCCAAAAGAGGACUUCGAGUUUAGAGCUAAUCCUUCAGAAACAAUACCAAACUGAAGGGGUAGAUAAAAUAGACCACCGGAGGUUUUUGAUGAUGAGGAUGAGCAGAAGGGCUUCUUCUGCCAUUGUUUCUCUUGCUUCUUCCACUGAGGAGUCAGUCUUGCCAGGUACAAUUUCAUCUCCAAAUCCAAACCCAGAUCUUCAAUCUGGUUCUUCUCAUUCCCAACAUUUAGUUACUCAAUCAAGGGGUAGUAGUAGUAGUAGUACUAGUAAAAGUACUAACAAUUCUUUAAAGUUUAGUUGGAAAAGUGUUGUUCAUGGUAUUAAUAAGCUGGAAGAUGCUUUCAAUUUAUACAAUGAAAUGCUGUCAAUGAGGCCACUCUAUCAUGUGAUUGACUUCACUCAAUUGCUUGGGCGCGUGGUUGAGAUGGAACAAUACUCCGCUGCCAUUUGUAUGUAUAAAGAUAUGAUCUGUAAGGAUGCCCCGAUGAAUCAGGUCACCAUGACUAUGAUCAUUAACUGUUACUGCCAUUUAGAUAGGGUGGAUUUUGGUUAUUCCGUUUUGGGUUUGUUUUUUAAGCGCGGGUUUAAGCCUAAUUUUCAUACUUUUAGUACUUUGAUUAAGGGGCUUUUAAGAGAAAACCGGUUUUAUGAGGGUUUGGAAUUGUUCAGGAAGGUCAUUCGGCACGGAAUGUUCCCUCCAAAUGAGUUUAUGUAUGGAACCGUUAUAGACGGACUAUGUAAGGUUGGGAAAGUUGAGAAGGCUAUUGAAUUUUUGAGAGCCAUGGAAACUGGAAAUCGGACUUGUAGCCCAAACACAGUUAUCUAUAAUACUAUCAUUGAUGGGCUAGGGAAGGAUGGAAAGAUAGAUAAGGCAGUUGGGCUGUUGCGAGAGAUGAUUGAUAAGGGCAUUGCGCCAAGUGUUAGGACUUACAGUUCUUUGAUCAAUAGUUUGAGUAAUUCAGGGAGAUGGGACGAGGUGGGGGUUUUAUGGGAAGAAAUGAUCAGUUCUGGUAUCAAGCCAGAUGGUGUUGCUUUCAAUUGUGUGAUCAACUUGCUUUGCAAGCAAGGGAAGGUGCAAGAUGCGGUAGUUGUGUUUGAGAGAAUGGUGCAGAGAGGUGAGUAUCCUGAUGUUGUUGCACAUGGUGCGCUGAUGGACGGGUACUGUUCCCGAGACCAAGUAGAAGAAGCGAGAAAAAUUUUUGAUGCUAUGAUUGCAAAAGGAUUAGUUCCCAGCAUUCUUCACUAUGGGAUUUUAAUCAAUGGAUAUUUUAAUAAACUGAAGAUGGAUGAGGCCAUGAACCUCUUCCGCAAGUUACCUCUCAAAGGAUUCACACUUGAUGCUGCAAUUUAUAGCAUUGUCUUGAAAGGGUUGUUUAAGGUGGGCAAAUGCUUCGAUGCUAAAGAAACCUUUCGUGAGAUGCAAGCUGCUGGUAUAACUCCCGAUUUUCACACAUACUGUGUGUAUUUGGACGGCUUAUCUAAGAGUGGACAGGUUGACGAAGCUUUGGAAUUGUUGCAGGAGAUGGAAGCUGAUGGAGUAUAUCUCCAUAUUUCUAUGUACACUAUCAUCAUAGAUGGAUUAUGCAGAAGUGGUAAGCUUCAAACUGCAUUAGAUUUUUUCAACAGUCUCUCCUCUAAAGGGUUGGAUCCUGAUUGUGUCACGUACACAGCAAUGAUUAAUGGUCUUUUUUUAGAGGGGCUCAUAGAUGAGGCUAAAGAUUUAUUUGUAAUUAUGAAGGAGAAUGGUUGCCCUCCGAAUCUCAUUACGUAUGAUAUUAUGAUUAACAGACUACUUAGACUUGGGAAGUACAAUGAUGUCUUAGUUUACCUUGACGAAAUGAACGAGAGAGGAAUUCCUUUAGAUUCAUGUUCUAUUUCUGCUAGAUUAGAUUCACUUUCAAAAAAUAUAGAUGAUCCAUUGCUUUUCGAGAUAAUUCAGAAGUUAAACUCUGGUGGAUUGAGUGCCGUGAGAUAAAGAGGAUCUUGUGGUGCCUUUCGGCUUCCUGGAUCAGUGAGUUAGAAUGUAAUUGAACCCGACGUUCUAUUUCUUGGGACAAUACAUAUUGAUCAUGCUGGAACCAAGUUGUAGUGUUGCAUUGUCAAUCGGGCUUUGAGUAUGAAGUAUCUUAUCAGCAUCCCCUGAAUCUCCACUCGAGGUUCAAGAAUGCUUCUUAAGGCUGUCAUUCGAGCAUGUAUCAGUGCAUGUAUGGUCUCCUUGACACGUUGAAAGCCUUUGUCUGCUGAAUGUAAGUUUACUGUAAAAUUUCUGCUUUCUGUUAAUAUUAGUAAGCAUACUCUUCAAUUCCUUUUUUCUGUUUCAUUUUCUCACUCUUAUAUGUUAUCUGUUGUAAAGUUCUAACGUCUGUGGUUUGAUCCAUAUUUCUUGAUUUAAAAAGAAGGGUUCCUAUCUGUUAGUUGGAAAAUUCAGAAUGUAAGAAGAGAAACUUUGGUUCAACUAUUUUCUCCCCCCUUGAAUUUAAUCAAAAGUAGAUGCCUUAUAUUAUCUUGAAUUUUUACCUUGCAGUUAGUUUGCCUACAGUCUAGGUUUCACUUUUAUUCUUUCUGGAUCGAUUCAUCGUUAUAUGCAUAUUAAAGUUAAACUUAAUUAACGUAUCAGCAUGAUCUGGCUCUUGCAAAAUGAGUUUGCAACGUGUUUUGCUGUGACUGAAAAAUUAGUUACUACGUACUCUUAUGAUGAGCUACACAUUUCCAUUUUCUUUCCUGUGCAUCUUUGCAUUAAUUCAAAGUAUGAAGUUGCUUACUCAAUGUUAGACUAGAGUCAUGUUUCUACCAGCCCAUCUCCAAUUUUUAUGUUCCCUCCAGCCAAUUUCUAGAUGCAUUGGCAGGUUAUGUACAACCUCGAUCUUUGCUCUUUCCAAAUUUUUCCCAUUAUUAGCCACAUACUGGCCACCAUCCCUGUUCAUUGGAAAGCAUGGUCUUUAAGACAUGGAGAAACUUUGAUAUUUACCUUUCCAGAAUCUUCACAAUGCUGUCCUCCCUCUUAAUCUCGGAGGGAAAUCUUAUAUACCGUUGCUGCUUUGCUAGUUGCUUGGUAAAAUAGAAUGAUAAUGAGAAGUUGGAUGAAUGAUGUUUCGUUGAUGAGAUGACAUAAUUGGCGCUUAUGUAUGCCUUUUGUUUGAGAGUGUAACUGUGUAAUUCCUGAUCUUGUUAAUGCUGACCAAAUUUUAUCUCAGGCUUUUUUGUUUUAGACAGUUAUGCAGAUUUCACAUUGCAUUGUUAGUUCUGCUCUUAUUGUAGCUGCUGACUAGGUAUCUGAUUUUGUCAGCAUUUCUUCAUACAUUACUGAUGUACUCUCUGCCCAAAAUGAUUGUCUAGUUUGGAUUUCCAUUCUUGGUACAAUUUUUAAUAAAAGUGAAAAUCCAAAGUGGACAAUCAUUUCGGGACCGGGGGAGUAUAUAUUUUGAAACUUCCUUUCUUUUUCCUUGUUUUGAGGCUCCUGUGAUGAUUGACAACUCUUACUUUAUCGUUCCAAUUCCUGAAGUUCUAUUAUUUACCAUGUCGAGCAGAAGGGACAUCUGAGGAGCCUGUUUGCCUGUUUAGUUUCUAUUAGACUACCGUUUUUGUGUUAAUCUGUCUUACAGUCCAUUGUGUAAUGCAAGUGAUUACCCUCUCUCUCGAAUUUAAGUCAGAUAGAUCCAUCAUCUCUGUUCAGUGAACCAAAACUAAACCGUUCCUGUUUCCUAUCUUUUUGCUGUGAGGUCUCAUUGCAUUGUUUGAUCCUGCAGGUCCAAGCAACAACCCCCCGUAGAGCAGCACCUGAGUAUGCUUAUUUCUUCCCGGCCCUUGUUUGUGGCACUUGAUUUUACAAGUCUCAGGCACAGGGGAAACAACUGUGUUCUUUACAUCUUAACAGGACUAAAUAUUUACAGUUUUUAACCGAUCUCUUUUAACAAAAGGAAUUGGUUUGAUAUUGGAGUCUUUAUAAAUUGGACAUAAUGAAAGGAAAGGGCCACUUGGAAUUUCUUGUUUGAUGCCCCCAAUGCCCUUCGUGGUGUCCUUUUCUGCAGGCCCCAAUGUAUGGAUAGUGAAAAGUUUUGAAUCAAUGACAAAUAAAUUGUGCUCCCUCCCUCCUCUAGUCCACCUUGUUGUAUUCUUUAGUUCAAUAAAGUGGAUUAUGUUUUUUUUUUUGGGAUGUAAGGAGUAUUGUAUAUAGAUGGUCAGGCUUGUAUGUAUGUACACAUGAGGGUCCUUUUUAUAAUGGUUCGUCUUGUUCCGAGCUAAUUGUGAAUAGAGCUCGAGGAAUUCAGAGCAAAUGUGAGGGGAAGUGAUAAUUAUGGUUCGUUUUUCUUUCUUAUUUGUAUGAGAAUUAAGAGUCAAAAUAAAGGUCUCAUAAAUGGCUACUUGGAUUGGGAUUAGCUGAUGAGCAAGAAGUCAAUCUAAACUUUUGAAGGUGGAUGGGGACAACCAAUAGAAAAUGUUUGUUUACUCUAAAAUAUAUUUAUCAGGACAUCUUUGUGGUAGUAAGACAAAAUUCAUUAGUAGUUCUUGAGACAGGGAAGAAAGACGAAAUACAGCAUGUAAACGUCUAGACAGGACAUCUUUGUGUAAUGAAUGUUGGGCCUUGCCGGAACUGGUGCCGGUAGUACCUUUAAAAACUCUUUAAAAAUUCUAUAAAUUAAUAGUGUUGGCAAACAAAAUACAUAGUAUGUAUAAAC